AUGGCCGAGGGGCUGCAGGUGGGCCGCGCCGGGGACGCCUGGGAGAUCGACGUGGAGAGCCUGGAGGAGCCCCAGCCCCGCCCGCCAACGUCCCCGCCGCGCCCCGGAGGCCAGGAAGACGAGGACGACGACGACGACGACGAGGAGGCAGCGGAGGACGGCAGCGAGGGCGCUGGGGCAGGCGAGGCCGGGCAGCAGAGGCCUCAGCCUCCGCAGCCGCUUUUGCGCGCCGAGCUUGGCGGCGAGGGCGGGCCGGCCGGGGAGCUGCUGCAGACGCGCAAGCUGAGCCGGACGCCCAAGUGCGCGCGCUGCCGCAACCACGGCGUGGUCUCGUGCCUGAAGGGCCACAAGCGCUUCUGCCGCUGGCGGGACUGCCAGUGCGCCAACUGCCUGCUGGUGGUGGAGAGGCAGCGCGUCAUGGCCGCCCAGGUGGCGCUCCGCAGGCAGCAGGCCACCGAGGAUAAGAAGGGGCUUACAGGGAAACAAGCUAACUUUGAACGCAAGACAGUGUACCAGAGGCAUGUCCGAACACCCAGCUUGCUGGCCAAAAGCAUUUUAGAAGGUUAUCGUCCCAUUGCAGCAGAUCCCUAUCUUGGAGGGAAUUCACCCUUGCCACCUCCUGUGAGUGACAGGAUGAGAAAAAGACGGGCUUUUGCUGACAAAGAACUGGAGAAUAUCAUGCUUGAAAGGGAGUAUAAAGAAAGGGAAAUGAUGGAAGCUACCCAAGCUGCUGCCUUUUUUCUGCCAAACCGUAUGGGGCAUGGGUCUGAAUAUAACUCUUAUAAAACUGCCUUUAGCCCUAAUCAGAUUGAAGCUUCCAAUAAGGAGUUUUGCAACUUCUUACCAACUUGCCUGGAUCUAACAAUGCAGUAUUCAGGUUCAGGGAACAUGGAACUGAUUUCAUCAAAUGUGAGUGUAGCUACUACCUACAGGCAGUACCCUAUACCCUCUAGGCUUCUGGUAUGGCCAAAGUGUGGUUCCCUGAAUGAUGCCCUUCUCUAUCAACAGUGCCUUCUAAAUGCUACCACAGUCCAAGCCCUCAAACCUGGGGCAGUCUGGGAUUCCAAGGCUUCACAAGGUCAGGACUGUCCAAACUCCGAGCAUGACAUAAUGUCACCAAAGACUGAAAACUCAUUCCUGCUUCCUCAUAUGCGAGAAACUCAGUCAUCUCAAAAUGAACUCCAGCAGAUCCCUCAGGAGAAUCGUGAGAGAUCAGCCUUUUCACCUCCUAUGAGGACUUUUUCACACAUCCCUGAAAAAGAUUCUCUGGCUACUCAUGAACAUUCUCUCAGGAAGAUCAACAAAGAAAGUAUCAAGCCGUAUCUGCCACCACCGCUGAAGUAUAGCCCAUUCCAUUCCUUAUUCCAGCAGGCGUUACACAACAAAUCGGGGCCUGAAUUGAAAACAACAUUUGAUGAGGCAUCCAAAAAGCACAGAGAAUAUACCAUCAAAGAAAACCAAAAAUAUAAAUUCACCAUAGACAGAUAUGCUAAAGACUUUUUGGGGACCAAACAAGUUCUAACAAAACUGUCAGCAAAUGAGCCCCUGUCAUUUUCAGUUGAAUCCAUUCUCAAACGACCUUCUUCAAUGGUCACCAAUGUUACACAAUAGCAGAAUCUUUAGAUGACCCAUAUUAGUGUAUUUGCACUUAAGGAUUUAAUCCUAAGCAUAUUUAGCAGGAACUAAAUCCAUUUUGAUUCAGUGGAAAUUACUUUUAAGUAAACAUAUUUACAAUUGGUAUGCAUAUAGUUUUAUGCUGCAGUCCAAAAUUUUCAUGGAA